AUGGCUGCUCUCCGGACAGACAUCCGAAAGACCUUUCCCGGGACGGACGAGGUCGUCAUCAACUACAUCGCAGGCCUGGUGGACGAUGUCGACGAGGAUGUCGACGACAUUGUCGACCAGACACGCGGUAUGCUCCAGGAGGGCCCGUCGAGCAGCGACAACAAGGUGCUGAACGACUUUAUGGACCGCCUCGUGCAGUACCUCGACUCGCAGAGCUCGAAGCGCGUACGCAAGGCCGCGACCGCGACCAAGCUCGCGAGCUCGGUGCAGAUGCGCUCGCAGCAGAUGUCGGCGACGAUUGCAAUGAGCGGCCGCGUCGACCUCGACUCGGUGAACAAGGGGCAGGCGUCGCGUGUCGACCUCAACAAGCUCGCCAAGGCCGAGGCCAAGCUCAAGGCCAAGCUCGAGAAGCGCAGCAAGCGCUCGCUGUACGAGGGCUCCAAGCUUAUCGACAAGCUCCAGCAGCAGCAGAGCUACGAGGAGAUGUUCAUGAAGGUCAACCCUCUCGACUUAUCCGGCGCCGCCAAGGGCAAGUCCAAGGACAUUCACCUCACCAACAUCGACGUCAGCUUCGCCAGCAACCGCAUUCUCAACGGCGCUACACUCAACAUGUCGUACGGACGGCGCUACGGUCUCAUCGGUCGCAACGGUGUGGGCAAGUCUACAUUGCUGCGGCACAUUGCGCUACGUGAGGUUGCGAUCCCGACUCACAUCUCUAUCCUGUACGUUGAGCAGGAGAUUAUCGGCGACGGCACAAAGGCCAUCGACUCGGUACUCAAGGCCGACGUGUGGCGCCACAAGCUCAUCACGGACGAGAAGGAGAUCAACGCCAAGCUCGAGCACAUGGAGAAGAACCCGAUUCCGAACGAGGCACCAGAAGGCGACAAGAUUGCCGCGGAGCGCGAGAAGGACGAGCUCGCAGCGCGCCUCGGCGAGAUCCAGCAGAACCUCAUCGACAUGGAGGCCGACAAUGGACCGACCCGCGCCGGCCACCUGCUCGCGGGUCUCGGCUUCUCGGAGGCCGACCAGCAGAGGCCCACGAGCUCGUUCUCUGGUGGUUGGCGUAUGCGUCUCGCGCUCGCGCGUGCGCUGUUUGUCAAACCUGACCUGCUCAUGCUCGACGAGCCGUCUAACAUGUUGGACCUCAACGCCAUUGCAUGGUUGGAAGACUACCUCCAGACGUGGCCCGGCACCAUCCUUGUUGUCUCGCACGACCGCUCGUUCCUCGACGCCGUCGCGACCGACAUUGUGCACCAACACUCUCAGCGCCUCGACUACUACAAGGGCAACUUCUCGCAGUUCCACGCCACCAAGAUGGACCGCGCGCUGCAGCAGAGGAAGGAGUACGAGGCCCAGCUCGCGUAUCGUCAGCACCUGCAGGCAUACAUCGACCGGUGGCGCUACAACGCCAACCGCGCGCCUCAGGCGCAGAGCCGUAUCAAGAUCCUCGAAAAGCUGCCCGAACUCGAGCCGCCCGAGGAGGAGGACCAGAGCGAGAAGUUCAAGUUCCCCGAGCCGGAGAAGAUCUCACCGCCACUGCUGCAGCUCGACGAGGCCGAAUUCGGUUACACUCCAGACAAGCAGAUCCUCAAGGGCGUCAACUUUGACGUGCAGAUGGACUCUCGCAUUGCCGUCAUUGGCCCGAACGGUGCCGGCAAGUCGACGCUCAUCAAGCUUCUCACCGGUGUUAUCCAGCCGAACAAGGGCUCGCAAAACAUCAACGCUCGCGUGCGUAUCGGCUACUUCACCCAGCACCACAUGGACCAGCUCGACGUCACCAUGACGCCUGUCGCGUUCCUGCAGCAUAGGUUCCCAGGCCAGACUGAGCAGGAGUACCGCGCGCACCUGGGCGCGUUCGGCAUCACCGGCCUGACUGGUCUGCAGAAGAUGGAGACGCUGUCCGGUGGUCAAAAGUCGCGUGUCGCCUUCGCAGUGCUCGCGUUCACCCGCCCGCAUAUCCUGCUUCUCGACGAGCCGACUAACCACCUCGACGCUGAGGGUCUCGACGGUCUCGCGGCCGCCGUCAACGCGUUCAAGGGCGGAUGCAUCAUUAUCUCGCACGACUCGACAUUCAUCCACAACGUUGCGGCACAGCUGUACGUGUGCGCCAACGGCCGCGUCGACAAGUUCAACGGCGACGUUACAGACUACAAGCGCCUUAUUGUCGAGGAGAUCAAGCACAAGAAUAGCCCAUAG